GUUUUCUCUAAAUAAAUGUCAUCCAUUUUAAACAGUCUGGCCAAAAUGAGAUAUAAAACAAAAGUAUCAAUAUGAUUGGAGUGUUAGGCCGUAUUUUCAGGAGUGACAGAUGUAAUAGUUGUUGAUCAAGGGGAGGAGAAGUAUGCAUCAACUCCUUUCAAUGUGAAAUUUGGUAAAUUGAAGUUUGUAAAUGCAGGGUAGGAAUUGGUUAUAGAGAGUAUAUUAUAAAUACGAUUGCAUAGCCUUGAAUAUAAGAGAAAAAUCAACCAUCAAAUAGAUGAGUUUGAUAAAAUUAGUGAUUUACAUAAAUGGGGAGAAAAGAGAUGACAUCCAAUUCUACUUGGAUGACGAUUAGAUAGGCCAUUUUGCAUAUGAUUAGAAGGAGGAUAUAGAGGAACUUAGAUAGAAAUAUUCGGAACAGACAAAACAAAAUGUUAAUCUACAGCAAUAACAGGAGUCUAAAUUGAUUCCAUAAAAUAAAUUCUUAGUUUUGUCCAGAGUGCCAACUUCCAAAACCAUUAAGAGUUUACAGUUAAAGCAUGGAUUAAAUGCAAUUUUGUAUGAAGUGGAGUGCAAGAGGUUGGGUUUGUAACAUAUAGAAUGUCAAUUGUUUAUGAUAAAAUAAAACCAAAAGAUUUUUAUAAGUGACAUUGAUGGAACCAUUACCAAAUCUCCAACAAAGGGUAUGAUUCUAUCUACAUUCGGAAGAGAUUACACAUAAGAUCAUAUAUGUGAGUUUUACAAUAUGCUUGCUUAGCGGAAUUAUCUUAUUUUAUACAUGUCAGCUCGAUCGAUGGUGUAAUAUGAGAGUACCAAGGAAUAUUUGCUUAGAUAACAACAACAGGGAAUCUAAUUGCCUCCAGGCCCAUUGUUUUUGUCUCCCCAAGAACUAUUGGAGGCAUUUACUAUUGAGGUUAUCAAGAAAUAGACUGACAUUCUUAAGUCACAAAUGCUAAAUGAUUUGGUCUUCACCAUCGGAGUAACUGGGACAAUUUAAGGAGGAAUGGGAGAUAGAUUGAACGAUAUUCAAGCAUACAAGAUGGCCAACAUUGAGUAUGAAAGGAUAUUACUGAUAAACAAGAAGGGGGAGAUAGUUAGAGUGAAUAACGAAAUGAAAGAAGAAAAAUUCACUAUAAAAGAAAUUAUUUAAAAGAUGGAUUAAAUUUUCUGAAUUUAUUUAAAUA